UCACAGAGUAGUUCAGUCAGACGAGGGUCUGCCGAGCACUCAGGUACAUCAUGGUCUCCAUGAAGGGGUGAUAGAGGAAUACAGGUGGGAAGAGCGGGGCCUGGAGAGGCUGGAAGACCCAAGUUUCCAUAGUCUGUGUUAUGGUCUCUGCUUGUCAACUGGACCACAGAUACAGUUCCCAGGCAGUAAGUAGCUCAAGUAACGAUGCCUGCAAACGCCACAAACCAGAAGAAGCGCAAUGCCUAUGCUGCGGUUGCUGUAGAUCCUGACACCGGGUACAGCACCCCAGGAGCAUUUGAGCUGGAGAGGCUGUUUUGGCAAGGAGCAGCCAAAUUCACACAUGUCAAUGAAGUUUUCACCAAUCUUCACAUUGGAGAUGAAAAAACUGCUCUGGACCGCUAUGGCUUGGAACAAAGUGGCUUUACACACAUUGUAAACGCAGCACAUGGGCGCUGGAAUGUGGAUACUGGAGCAGAAUACUACAGUGACAUGCCUAUUGAAUAUUAUGGGGUAGAAGCAGAUGACUUGCCCAGCUUUAACCUUAGCCAGUUCUUCUACUCAGCAGCAGAAUUCAUCCACAAGGCCCUGAGCAACCCCAACAGUAAGGUGCUUGUGCACUGUGCAAUGGGUCGCAGUCGCUCUGCUUCUCUUGUCCUUGCAUAUCUGAUGAUAUAUGAGAAGAUGACCAUUGUUGAUGCCAUAGCUCAAGUCCUGAAGCAUCGUUGCAUUCUUCCUAACCGGGGCUUCCUUAAACAGCUAAGAGAACUGGACAUUCAGCUAGCACUGGAGAGACGAGCAUUACGCACUAACGCAAAUGGGACUGAGGAGAAUCAGAAACACUGAACACAAAAGUUAUCAUAGACAGAAUAUUAGGGGUCUCAAAAGAGACAUGGGGGGGUAACUUCCAAAUGCAAAGGGCAUGACUUAAGUUACCUAAAUAUGCCAUUACCAUCUUUUUGCCCUAUAUUACCCUUGCAAGAAUAGCUUUGCUAAAACUCUUAGCUUAUAUGUUCAGAUUAUUUAUGCAUUUAUCACUAAAUUACUUUUUUCUGAAAAUGUGCAGUACAAAACAGAACUUUCCAUAGUUAAAAUGCCAAGAAUGUUACAUAGUGCUAGACACUUAUAAAAGCAGAAGACAUAUUGAAAUAAUUUCAUGUAUAGGCUGAAGGGGGCAUGUUUAAAGUGCAAAACAUUAACAACCCACAGCGACCAAAAUUUUUAUUUUUUGUUUUUAUCCUUUAAGAGAUGUGAAAUUACAUCUACAUUACAGUGCAACAUACUGCUGCAACGUUGUUGAUUUUAAAUAUCAAUAUAUAUUAGGCUUGUCAGACCACAAAAUUAUAGAAAUGCUAAUUUUAUUUUCUAAAUAUAUAGUCCUUAAGGGAUAUGUGCACUUAUCCUUCAAGCUCCACUUCCCUGACCUCCCCCCACCUCUACUCCUAAAAUGCAUACUUACCUCUAUUUGACAGAUGAAGUGGCACCAUUUACUUACAUCAAUGCAAAUCAUAGGUUUCUACUGCACCAGACGCUCAGAAAACAGCCCCAUAAAGGUCUCUGAUCAUUGUAAUUUGCCGGCAUGACCAGCACACUGCAUACUUGCUGCCCUGGAUGUAAACAUAUAAGGACUGAUAAAUGGAGAGACGUAUGCAUCUUGGGAUUUGGGGGGGGGGGGGGUGUUAGGUUAGGAUAUAAUUGUUUUAAAGCCCAAUUCCAAAAAAACAUAUUUAGUUCUGGGUAGUGUGAAAGGGUUAAAGCUUUGGUCGGGAUUUUAUUGCCACCAAUAUCCCUCUCUCUAUCUAAAAAAAAAAAAAAAAAAAAAAAAAAAAAAAAAAGAUUUAAAAUACGUACAUUAAAGUAUGGAGGAGUUCUGACUUUACUGGUUGCAUGCUUGUUAUAAGUCAGUAAAUCAAAGUAAUCAAUGUCAGCAUUUUUCAAAAAAGCCAGUAAUGCCAGCUUCCAUACAUCACUUAGUAAUGCUGACAUUUUUAGGUUUUAUUUAUUAAGAAUACGUAAAGCUAAACUUCCUCCCUGAACAAUAAACUCAGGAUCAAAAAGUCUUAAAUGCACAUCAAGUUACACUUUAGCAUUAGAGGAGCUGUCCAGUGUCUUCCUGGGAGCCCCAUGGGCUUCCAGCUCAGCAUUAAAGACAUGUUGGUCUAUAUCCAGUUAUGGUGUCAUAGAUAGCAGAAGACAGUUGGACAUCCAGUACAGCUCAAAUUCUUACUAAGCCCCCGUACCUGCGUCACUUCCUAGUCAAUGUUUUAUUCUCCUGUGGAAAGCCAUAUAUAUAAUAUUUGGACCCUCAAACUUUUUUGGGGCUGUCCCAGGAAGCAGCUCGUGUACAGUACAUAGUUUGUCCCAUACAAGAGGGCCUAGUGUGCUUGGAGGCGAUUAGAGGAUUUUUAUACUAAACUACAUUUAAAAGUCAACUCCAAGCUAUUUUAUUGGAUAGAGUUGGGCAGGAUUAGAACCUUUCUAUAUUUUUACUGCUGACUUCCAUGCACUUCUUGUAUCAAGUUAUAGGAUGAGAAAGUAUAAUUACAGAUCAUCACUGAGGCCAGAAAAUGUAAUUUUCUGGGAAGGGUUAAAACAUCUGCUGCUGCUUUUUUUUGGCACAUCGUAGCGCAUGAUCUGACACUCAAAGAAAACUUGUCACAAUAAAAUUAAAAGCAUGUUAAAUAUUAGCAUCUCAAAGUCAGCAUGGUCUCAAAUCGAAAUGUAUAUUUCCUUAAGAAUUGUUUUACUUUGUCUUUAAAGGGUUUAAAACGGCCAGAAAAAAAAUAUAGGUAAAUACAAUGUAUUUAACAGUUUAACUAUUCAAUGGAUAUAUGGAUAAAACCAACAUCACAAAUGUGGAAUUGCAUUAUGUGGUCUUAUUUUAACCAUCUCAAUUCAGAUUGGAAUUAAGUGUUAAAUAUGUGAUUUAUGCAUUGCACUAGGACACAGAAUGUGAUAUGCAGAUGUAUUUCUAUAGCCCGCAAUUAGCUCAGCCGUUUGCCUAAAAACGCCAAAUCUCAAUGCCAACAUCUUUUAUAUUUUGUUCUUUUCUAGAUUGUUUGGCCUUCUAGGUAGAGGAUGGGCACUCAGGGCCCAGUACAGUCCACUUCUAUGCAGCUGGGCAUAAGAUAUGUUUGGGUUUUUGGGGUAUCUCUAUUGUUUAGCUCUGUUGCCAAGAAACAACAGGUAGAUUUGCCUUUACAAAUAUGUGUCUCCUAGGAUUGUUGCACUAGCAGUAAUGAAUGUUUGAUUAGACAGUUUUACACCUAAUCAAAAUAUUAUAACUUUUUAUAGACCAUUUAACAAUCAAUCACCUACAGAUAAUCACUUAAGGACUUGCAUAGAUGUCAUCAUAUAGACCCUUUGUAUUUUCCUACAGGUGGUACAUGUUUGAACAAGUUUUAAUAAAUCGAAAAACAAUUCUAUA